CAGCAGAGGUCUCUGCUCACGCUUUCCCAGCAAGCUUCAAGGAAGGAGGGACCCUUAGGGCGAGCGCGGCACCUGCAGGCAUUCGCCGCGGAGUGCACCUACAGGGAAUGGGAAAGUGCCUCAGCAACAGGUGCCGGAGAAGCCUUGAACGGAGGAAGUGGGCGCUUGCUUGCUUGCGCUGGGCCGCUCCUCCCCCGGGAGAAAGGUUCGAGGUUCCCUUCCUCGGCUGCAGAAAAACAAGAAAAUUCGUGGAAUUAGCUUUUAGGGAAGGGCGGGCUGAGGUUUACCUAGAAACUCCGGGCAGUGGGAGGAGACGCCAUGGCCUGGAUCUGGCAGUGGCAAUUUCAAGCGCUUUUUAUCGGCCUCACCUCGACAGGUUGUUUCUCUGUUCUCGUGACAGUGCCGGAUACUGAGAGAUAUACAACUUUAUUUGCGUCUGUGACCCUCCGAUGUGAUUAUAGUACUUCAGCACCACUGCAGGAUGUAGUUGUUACUUGGCGCUAUAAAUCUUUUUGCAAAGAUCCUAUUCUUGAUUACUAUACUAUUGCCUACCAGGCAAGCCUAGAUCUUGGCCAGGAUCCUUCCAAUGACUGCAAUGACAACCAACGGGAAGUACGCAUUGUUGCUCAGAAAAGAGGUCAGAAUGAACCAAUACUGGGUGUUGAUUACAGGCAGCGAAAGAUCACAAUUCAGAAUAGAGCAGAUCUUGUAAUUAAUGAGGUGAUGUGGUGGGACCAUGGAGUCUAUUAUUGUACCGUUGAAGCUCCAGGAGACACAACUGGUGAUCCAGACAAAGAAGUCAAGCUCAUUGUUUUGAAUUGGCUUACAGUACUCUUCAUCAUCCUUGGUGCCCUCCUCCUUUUCAUGGUAAUUGGAAUAUGCUGGUGUCAGUGCUGCCCACAGCAUUGCUGCUGCCAUGUGCGCUGUGCCUGCUGCCCAACUCGUUGCUGCUGCAAUGAAAAAGUCCUGGAACGGCACCACUUCGUGAAACAAGCUAAACAACUUCUUCCGUGGAUGACACACCACUCCCAGUCAUCUUCAUACCAAUUAAACCCACUUUUGCAGAGAGACGUAUCUCUCCAAAGCAGCCAACCAUUAAUGCCUCCAUUUGCCCAAGUGCCCUCUAGCAACAAGAUCUUGGAUCAUCUUGAAUCCGAGAUCAGGAACCUUAAUCUGUCUCAGCCUGUACUACCUUCACAUCACAUUGGAAGCAGUCAGCAUCCCAGCAUUCUCUCUUCUCUGGGCUCAGAGAUUGUGGAACGCAGAGUAAUCCAGUUGCCUCCUAUCAUUGAGCGUAUCCCGUCCUCUCAGAGAUCUAGCAGUUCCUCACGACCAGGGAGAUUUACACAUAUUCCAAGACCUCGGAGCAGCACAAAUGAAAACCACAGGGAGGAGAGGAGAUGGCAUCGUCGUUCAUCUUUGGAUGAUGAUUCUCCGUCCAGCUAUGAUCAGGAACUAUGGGAUAGGCAUAGAAACAAAACUGAAUCACAAAGAUAUGGCAGCCAUCAUGGUAGAUACCGGAGUUCUGCAACAGAUGUAGUACCCACCUCGCGAGGCAGAAAUAGUUCUGAUUCCCAUCUUGAGACAAGAAGAGGGUAUUCUGGACAGCAACACUCUGAGAGAAAAAAUCAACAAUCACAACGACGAACGUAUCAACGUGACAAUAACUUUGCUCACCAGGAUCGACGACGGCCUCGCAGCUAUUCUCCACCAUCCUCCGGGGAGUCAUGGAGUUCCUCUGGAGAACAGGACUAUUCCCGGAAAAACAGUAGGCCUCAACGUCAGCAUCGUUCCCCAGACUGGCAGUACGAAAAACCACCUAGUUAUUGUUCUGUUGAAGUUACCCCAACCAAGAACAAGAAACUCCAAAAGUCGACAGAACAGUCGGAAAAAGGCAGCUCUCGCAGUGGGAUGAGUGUCGUCAUUUAGCCUCUUUACUCUGCUACUGUAUAAAAUGAGAUUUUGAUGGCUGCCUGAACAGCAGAUUUUCAUUCUGGCUUUUAAUAUUAUUCACUAAGUACAGCAGUCAGUAACAGGUUUAUUUCUCCAUCACCACCAGACUGCACUUUCUUGUAUUAAAAGUUUUUAAUUGUUUUUGCACUUUGAAAAUUGCAGUAAGAUUUUUUUAUUUUACAAAACAAAUACUGAAACAUUACGUAGAUGAUUUCCUUGCCUGGAUCUUGAGGUCUUACCUGGAUCUUAAUACUCUUAUUAAGAAUACAAAGCUGCAACGCAGGUAAUCCAGUUGCCUCCUUAAUUGUUCAUUAAUUGGUGGGGUAGUUUCGGUUACUCCAAAAGAUAAUGCUUUUAAUCUUGGGUAAUGAACUACAGAAUUCAGUCUUGCUUAGUACACAUAUUGUGUACUAGGAUAUUUUUUAAAAAAUUGAGUCAGGAAGAUUUCUAGAAAAUUUUGAGUGAGAAAACUUUCAGAUACUAGUGCAUAUAUUUAGUAUCCACAGUUUGCACAAGUCUCCGCGCUACAUAAUUUGAUGUCAACAAAAAUGUAGCCUAAUUUAUGAGUUUUGAACAUUCAAAAAAACUAACAAGUUGAUAAGUGAAAAACAUUUUGCUGUAAUGCUGGGCAGUAGGCAAUAAAAAUAACACAACAAUGUACUUCUGGUACAUCAAGGAAAACGGCUAGAGGACAUCUCUAAUGAGCCUUAAAGCAUGUCCAAUCACAUUUAGACUGAAUCAUUCUAAGUCUGAGGCAGCUAUUCAGAACUGCUCAAACUACUUUUGUUGUUAGGAAAUAAGGUAUAAAGUUGGGUGUAAUUGUUGGAGUGAUGCUGUUCAACUUAGUUAUUAAUGAUUUACAUGAGAAGUUGUGAAUGAUUAUCAGGUUUGCAAAUCAUACAGAACUAGGUGGGAAUUACUAAUAUGCUUAAAGAGAAAACUCAAAAUGAGUUUUGUUUGUAUAGGUAACGUAAAGCUAGAAAGCAGGUAGAUAGUAACAGAAUGAAACUAAAUGAUGGCAAAUGCAAAGUUACUCAUGAAACAAAUCAAAUGCACCAAGUGUAAGAUAGGUGAUACUAAGCUUGAUUGUAAUACUUGUGCAAAAUAUCAAGGAAUAGUAGUUGAUUAAAAUCUAAUUGUGAAUCAGCAGUAUGAUUAGGUUGCAAAAUAAGCAAUCUGAUGUUAAAUUUCAUGAAGUAUAGUUUCCAAAUUAGGAAAUUUACUCAUUUGGUUACAUUGUAUUGCUCAGACUCCAUCUUGAUUACUAUGCUCAGUUUGGGCACAAAAAAUUCAGAGAACCAGAGAAGGGCAAUGAGGAUGAUAAGUUGUCUAGAAACUAAGUCUUUACAAAGAGGGGAUGAGGAACCUAUUGCACCUGGACAGAGUAUGUGAAUUUGAUUAAUAGUCUGCCUUCAGGAUCUUUGUAUCCAUCAUGCCUCCUCUGAUAUCACUACCUUCUCUAGAUCGAGCAGGAAAGUCAACAAAAGGUUCAUACGUAAGUAUACUUGAAUGGUAGUAGAAUUGUUUAUGAAGUCAGGGGUCUUGAUAAAGCAGGAUUUCUGAUUGUGUGGAAGCCUCUAAUCACAGUAAAGUUUAGGAUAGGGAGGUCAAAUAUGGGUGAAUUAGAAAACAUAUGAGGCCCCAUCCUUCUUGCAUUAAUUUAGCUUAAUUAUAGAUAUAACAUCACUAUGUAGGGAUUAUGGACAAUUGUACAGUAUUGUAACAUUGUGCACUGUGGAAACUGGCUUCUAUCAUUUGUCGAUUUAAACCCAGCCAUAUUUGAAAGGAGGAUUAAAUAAAUAAUUUGAAAUAUGGUGUCUGAAAAGCUUAUAUUAGUAGGGCCUAAUGUUGAGGUACUGUUUUGCGGGUGGAUUUUUAAUGCACUUUUUAAUGGAAGAGAUAAAGGAUACAACAAUGUUUGUUCAUUAUGUGUCCACUAAAAGGGAACUUAAACCUUACCUUUAUCUCUCUCACUUUCACUCUGGAAGCUGAUUCUGGUCCUGUUGUGGCAUGUUCUUGGUGAAUGCACUUGGGAGUAUGUGUCAGCCAGGAAAGGAAGACAGUCUGAUGUGUGACAGUGCUUGAGAUGGUGCUAUCACGCCAUGGGGAGAUUUUCACUAAUUUCACCAAUGUUCUUUUUGGGUCUUGCUGGUCCCUUGGUCAGUCCCAGAGGGGAGCAGGGAGCUGAUCCUGUAUAGACUGUCAAGAAGUGUCAAUGGUUAUUGCAACCAGAGUUUCCCUUCCCUUUCAAUUUUGGUGAGCAGAGUGGGCCUGCCUGAAGAAAUUGGUGGCCAUUAGUUACCAGAAUUUUUUUUUUUAACCUAGUUGAAAGUUUCUACAAAUGAUAACGUAAAGCACUAGUAGAAGGUUCUUGUAUAGCUAAUAGGGUUAAGGAUUUAUGUCUAAUCAACCUGAAGCUACCCUGGUCUCUCCAUAUUUGAACCAAGUUCAAAUAUAUCUGAUUUUCCAGCUACUUUCAACAUAGUAUCUCCAACUUUCGCUUUCUAUGAAGUGAAUUCCCCCAGUAUGGCCUUACAUAAGGACCAGGGAAUAGAAAGAUGGUGGUGAAUAAGAAUGGGUGGGUGUGGAUACUGCUGAGGGUCUGAGUACAGGAACAGAGUAAUUAUUGUUAUUAAGAGUUUGGGAUGUUUGUGCUUUAUGACCUUGGAGGAGGUGAUGAGAUUGGGACAGGAGACACUGUGGUUCCAUCAAGCUCAUGACAGGGAAGGAAGCAGAGGACUGGCUGGAGAUGGUGGGCUCAGUGGUUAAGAUCUUCCUAUCUUCCAGCCCUCAGUAUUCAUCCCAAAGACCUGUAACAAGCUGUAGGUAUAAUCUUGAGGAGCAGGAGAAAAUCCGCAACAAGAAAAGUCAGAUAGAAGUAAUUUGAGUCCAAAGCAGAAAUGUAACUUGAGAAAGCAUUGAAGAUAAAUGGAGGAGGUACUUUCAGAUUUUCAAGUUUCUGUUACUAUAACCAUAUAAUAAAAAUAUUAGUAUUCAUGACUAGUUUCCUAGUCCCUGGUGCCACCAAGGAUCUAAUGACCUGUUCUACCUUGAAUGACUGACAAAAUCUGGUGAUCAGAUCCAUUUGAUUCCCUAGCAUCCAGCUGUUACUGUUGAACACCAGGGUGCUACGUAAUAAGACUUGAUGAUUUGAUUGUGGAUGAGGCUCACACACACCUUCCCCAACAAUAGGUAUUGCUCUGGUCACCAUUCUAGGACUUUGCAAGGUGAUGUUGCUGCAUAAAGAUGUGUUCAAAACUCAGUCUUUUAUACUCAGUCUGUUACACAAAAGUCUCAUAGUCUAUAAAAUAACAUAUAACCUUUGCCUUCAAGAUGUUAUUGCAAUAGUUGGGUGGAAGUGCUGUUUCAAUGUGGUUGCUCCUUUUGUAGUUGCUGCAGGCAAAGCUCCUAGUCUCUGGCAGGACUCCCACCAAGCUGUACUGCUCAUCAUAACUUGUGGUCUUGGCAGUUGAAAGUCCUCUUGCUUGCUUAUAAUAGUUGUCAGUCUACAGAUACAGCCUCUGCUUCAUCUGUAGGCUGUUUGCUUUUAUCUUUCCUACUAUACACACACCUCUUAUUAGCUUAUGCUUUUGUAAGUUCAAAAGACUGGGUGGGGUUAAGCUACUGCUGCCCUGUAUGUCCUUGAAAACACCAGGCUCAAUUAGCCAGGCAGCUGGAACACUGGUUUGAAUGCCUGGGAGUGCACAUCUGAGGAAAUGAAUCAAUGCAUGCCUAGGGGAACGGAGGGGGACUGCUUGUCUGCAUGACUGCAGCUGCUUUUCAGACAAGCAGAGAGCAUUCCCUCAUAUGGUCUGAAGUCACCUCACUGGCUUUCAUGACUAAGAGAAAGCUAGAAUUCAUAGUUGCCUGGUUUCUAGGCAAGCACCUUAAACACUACACCAAACUGUUUUUCUACGUAUAAUCAAGACCUGAGUGAGGCUGGAAAGGGCGGGGGGGAGGAGUUGUGUUCUCUUUUUGGAGAUAUAUGUAACUGUCCCCGUUCUUGAGCUCUCAGCAAAUUUUGAUACCUUAGACCAGAGGUUCCCAAACUUUCUGGCUCUGCAGACCGGCAGUGGUGGCUGGCAGGAGGAGGAGAUGGUUUCGUGCGCGUGCUGCUUAUGAAAACAGAGUUAUGCAUACAUGCACACCACUUGCACAACUCAGUUCCCCACAGGCUGCAAACCAGUACCAGUCCGCAGACCAGGGAUUGGGGAACCCUGCCUUAGACCAUGAAUUGCAUUUCAGGACUAGUAUGCAGUUUGAGGAACAAGUGACAACUCUGACCUGGAAGGCAUUUCACCAAUCAAUUGAGUGUGUCGUGUCCAUACCUAGACUUCAGGAGUUCCUUAAAAUAGUCACGUGCUUUUUUACUUCAUGGUUGAAUUGUUAUACUGCAUUCUACAUGGGACUGCAACUGGUGCAGAAUGCACUAGCAUAGGCAGUUACAGACAUACCACUCUGUAUUUAUAAAAUCUCUUUCACGACAUGCGUUGGUUACUGGUAGGCUUUCAGGUGCAAUUCAAGUAUUGGGUAACACACAUAAAACCUUUCAUGGUAUCAGGCCUGCUUGUUUGAGGGACUAUCUAUGGUUGCUAUGGUUUCCUAUGGUUGCUGUCCAAUAUGAUCUAAUAGCAUUGGCAUAUUUUGGGUCCCAUCAAUUAAGCAGUGCCACCUGAUGGAACCCAGAACUGGGUCAUCUCGAUCAUAGCACCUGCCCUGUGGGGUGAUACCACCAUGGAUCCCGCCUUGCUCUUAUUUAAGCAAUUGAAUUAAAAUGGAGCCCAUCUCCCAAGGAUAGGUCUAGAGUGGAUGGUGGAGCCAUCCAGCGCUGUAAUGAUAUAAGGAAGUUUUUUAAUCCAAUAAAUAAAAAGUAACUGAAAACAUAAUUAAUUUUUGAUACUUUUUAAUACUUUUCCACCAGUAUUUUGGGAAUAUUUUUGCAUAACAAAAUGUUACUAUGUAAUUUAAAUCAUUUGUUCAGAACGUCGAUACAAAAUAAAAGGAAAAAUCUGGAAAAGUGUCAUUUUGUUUUCUCCCCCUAAAAUAUUUUAUGUCAGCAAAUAGGGUAGACUGUUGAUGCUUUUCUCUGUGGGGAGAUCUAUUUUGGCCACAUGAGGACAAGCAUUUGGAGAGCUGAAACGAUGAGUUUCUGGUAUAGGAAUGCAACAUCUGACAUGGUUAGUCAUAAAUUGGAUUGUCAUAAAUGCCAUGGAAGAACUAGUUCAUUAGCAUUGAAGUUGUUUGCAUACAUUGAUCUAAAAGUCUCUAGAAUAGUUCUUGCUUCUAUGACUGUGUCAGUGAUGGGAGGAGAACAGGCAAGUGAGGAAAAGACAACCUUAUCACAGCACUUAAAUGUAGGGUUAGGAGUGUGACUGCACCUUCCAUUCCCAAACAGAUGUGUAACUUGAGCUCACCACCUGUGACUCCAGUGAAUGCUACACAGCAUUUGUACAUCAUCAGUCACCUGGUGCUCAUCAGUGGUCGUGGGAGAAUACAAUAGCAGUGGCUCUAUUUCUGGCAAUUAUCUCUUGCUGGAUGUGAUGAGGAAGGAGUUUUCUAUUCUGGACUACAAAUGUGCCAACACUCUUCUUUUCCAUUAGCCCAUCCUUUGAGUUUCCUCUUGCUUCUUGUGUUAUAAGCACUGAAAUGGGCACGGAGCAAUGUUAUAGCCUUUUAGCUUACCAGUUAAGAGGCGCAUGCCCCAUGUAUAUGCUCUGUUGUGGGCUGCAAAAGAUGACGGGGGGGGGCUGACUGUAGGUUUUAAGCAGGGGCGGGUUUCAAAAUCCAUCACUACCAGUUCGCUUGUGGACAUGUGCUCACGCGCACACAACACUUAUGCACAUGCGCAGAAGCAUCUGGGUGGGUGGAUGGAGUCUCCUGCCACCACCGCUACCGGUUCACCCGAUCCAGGGCAAACUGGUAGCAACCCACCACUGGUUUUAAGUCACAAAACUGAAAUUGGCCCAGCUUGUUCAUAUACCCCUAUUUAUCUUAUCAAUCAGUGGCCCCCAAAAUGGCCUUUUAGGCAACAGGGACCGGUUCCAUGGAGAAAGGUUUUUCCGUGGGACAGAGUGGGCGUGGUUUCACAUGCUGCCUGCAUCCCACGGAUGGGGCUUCGCUUGUUUGUGCAGCCUGGUUUCUGACAUGCCGCGGACUGAUGCUGGUCCAUAGACCGGAGGUUGGAGACCCCUAUUAUAAAUAGAACAUUACUAUUUAAUGAUGGAUCACUUCAGAGUGAACAAGUGAACAAGGUACAGCACUAAAUCUUCACAUUAAGAUUUUUUUCAUGAGUACAUUGAAUCAAAUGUACUCAUGUACUAAAAUAUACUCAUGUACAUUUUCAUGUAAAAAAUGUACUCAGACUCAUGUACUAAAAUUUUUUACUACCAGUUCUGUGGGUGUGGCUUAUUUUGUGGGCAAAGUUUGAUGGUCAUGUGACAAACAAUUCUUUAGGAUUUAGCAGAGGUACUGGUCUACCAAGCUUUUAACUGCUUGCAGAGCCGUACUGAUCUACCCAUUUGUUUUUGGAGCAUUCUGGUCUACCUAUUUGUUUUUGGAGUGCGCUGGUCUACCACCACACUGCCUUUUACCGCUGAUCAGCUGUAGGGCGGCCCUUUGAAGCGCUGCGGCAAGAGUUUAAACAGUUUUUUGCCACUCUGCCACCACCGAGAGCAUCGGAAACCGUUUUCAGGCAGCUUAGCCUCAAUUACCAAUCUACCAUCACCAAGCGGUUUAGAAGGAGCGGCUCGGUUCUAGCUGAUCAUUUGGGAGGCUUCUUGGCUUCUCAAUUUAAAGCUAAGGUGUCUUGUUUUUUUUCUCUCUUCUUUGUCAAGUGAGCCCUGAUUUUUUCCUUCUAGCUGGGACUCGGGAGGCAGCAAAUAGAUUGGGGACGGGGCCAGGCAGAGGUGGUAUUUACCGGUCUCCAAACUACUCAAAAUUUCCACUAUCGGUUCACAAGAACCCCGGGGAGAACCGGUAGCAAUCCACCACUGCAUUGAAUCUUGAAUAUCUACAAUAUAAUUUGACUAAUGUACAAUUCUUGUGCUGGGAAACAAUUCUACAGAGAAUCUGUGAAUCAUUAAUUAUCUCUACUACAAGAUAACUAAGAAAGAGUCUAAUACAAGUCCUUAUCUCCAUAUAAAACAAAUACUACAAAUGAACUAUACACUCUAAAGUUAAUAUGUACUAAAUUUCUUUGACAUAUACAUAGUCUAAUAAUCUAUAGUGCUGGACUGCAGGACACAUACAAAACAAUAUCUGCUUCAGCAAUUAUUAAAUGAACUAUGUAAAAUAGUACAUUAAUAAUAAAAGGUUUCAAAUUCAAUUUAACUGAAAUAAAGAUUCUCCAGUUUCAUCACUAUUUGUAUAAAAUUGGUUCAAAUGUGUCCAUAUACCUAUCACUUGAUCAUUAGCACAUAAUCUAGAAACAGUUCUAUUUAAUUUGGCAUCAGGAGAUGUGAAAGUUCUGUCUAACAAGAAAAAUGAUGUUGAUCACUAUAUCUCUAUGGCUAAUAAAGUUUUGUAGUUAAAAAGUGUACUCAAGUACACUAUCCUGGGUUGUGUCUAGGAAAGUGUGUUUGUGUGUCUGCAGUUACCUUAUAUAUUAAGAUUAUUUACAUAAUGAACAACAUUUAUGAGGCAGUCCUGAACAAGCAAAAAGACAUUUGGAAUCGUAUUUAUAACAAAUAUAUAGGAAAAAAUAUUUCAUUAUAAAAACUGUCUCUUGCCUGUUUCAGAUGUUUCUGUAUACAAACAAUUUUAUCUUUUACACAAUUUGUUUUUUCAAUUGCAUAUUAUAUAAAGCCCACAUAUUGUCAUUACUAGCAAACUGAUCUGUUAAGGAAAUGUAAAAUAAAGCUAAAAAAAAUCAUUUUCUAAUAAUGUUUAUGAAAUGUGUUUGGAUUAGAUUUUGAAACAAUUAUCUGCUCUAAAGCAGAUCUAGAUAUGAAACAGUUUUAGAGUGCAUUAAAGUUAUUUAAAUAGAAGUUACUAUCUUGUACAUAUA